CCUCAAUUUCCCGGGAGUUCUGCAAACCAUAAAAACCGCUGCAUUUCACAAUCAAGCUCUUGUUUCUUGUUUCUUAAAAAACCCGAAAGUCUCAAACUUUGGUCUGGUUUUUUAAGGAUAUGCAGGAAGUGAGUUUAUUGGGAUUCCGAAAGCAAGAACUGUCGGAUGUCGUCGGAGAAGCUCCUUGCCACCGGUUUUGUGCAGUCCGAUGCAGUGAAUAUGAAUGUGGGGUCUUUCUCCUUCACCCCGAUUUUCGAAGAGCUUCCGGUGGCCACCAUCGUGUCGGUUUCGCGGCCCGAAACCGGAGAUAUUAGCCCCAUGCUUUUGUCUUACACCAUUGAGUUUCAGUACAAGCAGUUCAAGUGGCAGUUGCUGAAGAAAGCGUCACAGGUUCUCUAUUUACAUUUUGCUUUGAAGAAACGCGCGAUAAUUGAGGAGUUUCAUGAGAAACAAGAACAGGUUAAAGAAUGGCUGCAUAGUAUAGGAAUAGUUGAUCAGACAGCGGUAGUGCAAGAUGAUGACGAACCAGAUGAUGGGGCGGUCCCUUUACAUCAUGACGAAAGUGUUAGAAACAGAGAUGUUCCAUCUCGUGCUGCUCUUCCCAUCCUCCGUCCAGCAUUAGGAGGCCAGCAGUCCAUUUCCGACAGAGGGAAGGUUGCAAUGCAGGGUUAUUUGAACCAUUUUUUGGGGAACAUGGAUCUAGUCAAUUCUCGAGAGGUCUGCAAAUUUUUGGAGGUGUCGAAGCUCUCCUUUUUACAGGAGUAUGGACCAAAGUUGAAAGAAGGUUAUGUUAUGGUGAAGCAUCUACCAAAAAUUACCGGGGCUAACUCUGAUGUGAAAUCAUGUGCAUACUUAUGUCUUGAUUGUUGCAGCAACAACUGGCAAAAGGUGUGGGCUGUUUUAAAACCUGGGUUCCUGGCCUUACUGGAGGAUCCUUUUGACACCGAACUUUUAGACAUUAUUGUUUUCAAUGUACUGCCAGAUUCCAAAGAAAUUGGACAGUCUAAAAUAUAUUUGGCUAAUCAAAUAAAGGAACGUAACCCUUUGCGCUAUACAUUUAGGGUUGCUUGUGGAAAUCAAAGCUUAAGGUUAAGAACCACUAGCAAUGCUAAGGUUAAGGGAUGGGUUACUGCAAUAAAUGAUGCUGUUUCAAGGCCUCAUGAAGGUUGGUGUCAUCCUCAUCGGUUUGGUUCCUUUGCUCCUCCAAGGGGUUUGGCCGAUGACGGGAGUCAAGCUCAAUGGUUUGUAGAUGGAGAAGCAGCAUUUGAAGCUAUUGCUACUUCUAUUGAAGGUGCAAAAUCCGAGAUUUUCAUUACUGGCUGGUGGCUUUGCCCAGAACUGUAUCUUAGACGUCCGUUUCAUAGCAAUCCAUCUUCUCGGCUUGAUGCAUUACUAGAAGAAAAGGCUAAGCAAGGAGUUCAGAUUUUCAUUCUUCUCUACAAGGAGGUUUCUAUUGCCUUAAAAAUCAACAGUUCUUACAGCAAGAGAUUGCUUUCUAACAUUCAUGAGAAUGUGAGAGUAAUGCGCUAUCCUGACCGUUUCCCCACAGGCAUUUAUUUAUGGUCACAUCAUGAAAAACUUGUCAUUGUUGAUUACCAGAUUUGCUUCAUGGGAGGAUUAGACUUGUGCUUUGGCCGCUAUGACACGGUUGAACACAAAGUGGGUGACUGCCCUCCUCAUAUAUGGCCGGGAAAGGAUUAUUAUAACCCAAGAGAAUCUGAACCAAAUUCUUGGGAGGACGCAAUGCAAGAUGAAUUGGACCGUGAAAAGUAUCCGCGUAUGCCAUGGCAUGAUGUCCAUUGUGCUCUUUGGGGACCGCCCUGUCGUGACAUUGCUCGGCACUUUGUUCAGCGUUGGAACCAUGCUAAGAGAAACAAAGCUCCAAAUGAACAAACAAUUCCGCUACUUAUGCCUCAGCACCACAUGGUUCUCCCCCACUACUUGGGAAGAAGUAGCGAGAUAGACAUUGAGAAGAAAAACAAAGAAGAAAACCAGAAUGGAAUCUGCAGAGAGAACUCUUUUUCCUCGCUAUCACCAGUGCAAAAUAUUCCAUUGCUUUUGCCUCAAGAAGAUGGUUUGGAUGCUCCUAUUGAAAACCAAAAGUUAAGCGCUGUGAACUUGAAUCAUAAUCUUUUUGACCAGCCAGCUGAUGAUCUAGACCCUGAUACACAGAUGAAAGGUUUCACAGAUGACCUUCAUUCUAAGGAUCUCAAAAGUGAAGCAAAUUUAAACAUGGCACAUUCUGGCUCGACAACUUCAGAUGAAUCGUCAGAAAGUUCAGAGGGAGGUGAUCAUGCUGUUGCUGCUGAUGAUUACGGACAAAUAGGUCCUCAUACUGCAUGCCAUUGUCAGGUUGUGAGAAGUGUGAGCCAGUGGUCUGCUGGAUCUAGCCAAACUGAAGAUAGCAUACACAGCGCUUAUUGUUCUCUCAUUGAGAACGCAGAACAUUUUGUCUAUAUUGAGAAUCAAUUUUUCAUAUCAGGUCUUUCAGGGGAUGAGAUUAUACAGAAUCGUGUCCUGGAAACGUUGUACAGGCGUAUUGUGCUAGCAUACAAAGAACAAAAGUGUUUUAGGGUUAUUGUUGUCAUACCACUAUUACCCGGCUUUCAGGGUGGUGUGGACGAUGGUGGUGCAGCUACCGUUAGAGCCAUAAUGCAUUGGCAGUACCGUACCAUUAGCUGGGAAAAACACUCAAUACUGCAUAAGCUCAAAGUUAAGCUUGGUCCUAAGACACACGAUUACAUUUCUUUCUAUGGUCUGAGGACAUAUGGAAGACUUUUCGAAGGUGGCCCUGUGGCAACAAGUCAGGUUUAUGUACACAGCAAAGUGAUGAUAAUAGAUGAUCGUAUUUCCUUGAUUGGAUCAUCUAAUAUUAAUGACAGAAGUCUGCUCGGAUCAAGAGACUCUGAGAUUGGUGUAGUGCUUGAGGACAAGGAGUUUCUUGAAUCAUCUAUGAAUGGACAACCAUGGAAGGCCGGAAAAUUGGCGUAUAGUCUCAGGUGCUCGCUGUGGUCCGAGCACCUUGGUCUCCAGGCAGGGGAGAUAAAUCAAAUCAGUGAUCCUGUAUCAGACACAACAUACAAGAAUCUGUGGUUAGAAACUGCGAAGGAAAAUUCAAUUAUUUACGAAGAUGUCUUUUCUUGCAUCCCUAAUGAUUCUAUUCACUCAAGAGCUGCUCUCAGACAAUGCAAGGCUCAAUGGAAAGACAAACAUGGCCACACAACGAUCGAUUUGGGAAUAGCCCCCGAGAAGCUGUUGGAGUCCGGCAAGGAUGGAGAGGCGAAAGAAACAGAUCCGAUGGAAAGACUGAAGCAUGUAAGGGGGCAUCUCGUUUCCUUCCCUUUAGAGUUUAUGCAGCAAGAAGAUUUGAGGCCAGUUUUCAAUGAAAGUGAAUUUUAUACAUCCCCUCAAGUAUUUCAUUAGGUAUGAUUUUCCAUUGAUCUGAAAUUGAUGUGUAAAUAGUAGGAACAAUCUGUUGACUUGAAAUUGUACAUAGUUCCACAUAAAAAUCGAUUGAGAUAUUAACACGGGGGAUAUGUCAAAUUAACAAGAA